AUGCUUCUAGAAGAUUUACUUACUAAACCUGCUCAUUCAAUCAUUAAUCAAUCGUUCGAUUCCCGUCUAAGACUUGAUAUGAGAAAUCCUGUUAAUGGAGAUGGUUUUGGUGUGGGAUAUUAUUCCUCCAACAAACCCUGUAUCUUUAAGGCCAUUACUCCGGCUUGGAAUAAUGUCAAUCUUAAUAAUCUUUCACAAUGUACCAAGUCAAAUCUUGUAUUUGGUCAUGUAAGAGCUUCCACACAAGGGGUUUUGGCCGAAACUAACUGUCAUCCAUUUUUCUAUGGAAAGAUAAUGUUCAUGCAUAAUGGAGGAAUACUGAAAUUUGAAAGAAUCAAGAAGAAAUUGAUUAAUCAUAUCGAGGAUAAGUUUUUCUUGAUAAUACAGGGAUCCACAGAUUCAGAGUGUUGUUUUGCAUUAUUUUUAGAUACUCUUUAUAAGAUGAAUUAUGAUCCUGAAGAUACCACCGUUACUUUUACCCAUCAAAUUUUAUACAAAGCAUUAUUAAAGACCAUUGGUUUGAUCAAAGACUGGCAAAGAGAAGUCACAGAUGAACCAUCAUUACUUAAUUUUGCCAUCACUGAUGGUGAUAAUGUGGUGGUUUCCAGAUAUAUUACAUCCAGAGUCGAUGAAGCAGCAUCAUUACAUUUCUCAUCAGGAUCCAAGUUCUAUGAAUACCAACCGGGAUUAUUCCGUAUGGAAAGAUUAGAUCGUUCUCAAGAUGUGAUCAUGAUUGCUUCCGAACCUUUAACAUUUGAGAGAAAUGACUGGAUGUCAGUUCCUACCAACACUAUAAUAGUGGUAUCUAAAUCAGGAUCAGUACUAAUGUAUCCUAUAAUGGACGAAUUCUACGGUAAUGACGAUAGAUCUGUCGCUUUGGCAUGGAGUAAGGGAUUAAUAGGUGGAGUCCCAAGACCCAAUGAGUUAAUGGCAGCUUAA